ACUGUGAAUUUGAUAGUUGUUACCUCGCCAUUUAGACUCAUAACUCGUCAAAUACCUUUGUAAGAUUAUAAUCAAACAAACUCACUUCAGAUUUUCUGAUUUAACUCCAGCUGAUUUGAAGCUACGUUUCAUCCAAAACGAUCCUCUUUUCAUUUCAAAUCCUUUUGGCAGAAAAAGAUCACAAUAAAAAUGGCGACUUUGGAGUCCAUGCAAGUGUCCGAGGAACAGCAGAGUCUGAUUAUGGAGGAUGUGCAAGUACUGUUGCCCAAUUAUGACGAUUUCGUUGAGGACGUCCUCCAACAAUUCAUGGAAGAAAACCCCGAAACGUUUCAAAUAUUUCCGUGGGCUGAUGCUAGCAAAACAGCGAAAGAGAUGAGAAGUCACCCCCGCUUCAAAAGCCACGCCAAGUCCAUCGGGAAGGUGAUCAGUGACUGUCUGGUGGACUUGAAUGGGGUGAAGAAGCACGAGCCGAAGCUGAGCUCUCUGGGGGCGAUGCACACGAAGAAGAAGGUGCCGACUGAAUUAUUCGGGAAACUGGGGGGCUGUAUCUUGACUCAAGUGGUGAAGAGGGUCUCGGAGGCCAAGUGGAGCGAGGAGAAGAAGGAGGCGUGGCUGAAGGCGUACGGCAUCAUCACUGUCAUGGUCACUGAGUAGAGAGCUCACUGCCGACAAUAAUCAUUAAUCAAUAACUGUGGACUCAAUCACUAACUAUGUUUUAGAUUAACAGAACGCUGCACAUAUUUCAUUAUCUUUUUAAACUUCAAUUCAGAAUCACAAUUACAUUGUUUAGAUACCUGAUUUUAAAUAAAACUGAGCCUUCUAAUGUCAA